UUCUUGUAGAAGUUUCGCCUGUUGCUUUCCAUAAAAUUGAAAUACGGAUAAAAAAGUGAAAAUUUAAUAGAUUUUAUUGCAAAAAAAUAAUAAAAUUAUCUAAUUAAAACUAUAAAACAUAAUAAAUUGCUUAGAUAUGCUAAAAUAUAUUUAAAAUUAAAUAAAAUUAAGCAAAUAAAACGAAAAAUAAAAAAAAUCUAAAGAAAAAUUAACGUCACGAAAAAUGAUCAGUCAGUGCAAAUGAAAGAAGAAAAAAAGAUGAUGAAAAAAGAAAAGUAAUACCUGUAGAAAAAAGCAAUUCAAAAAGAAAAAUAUAAUUUUAAAACAAAUUUUUCGUAAAAAUAAAAGUGUUUAUAGCAAAAUUCAAGAAAUAUUUUAUUUGCUCAACAAUUUUUUAAUACUGGAUUAAAAGGAUUAUUAACGAAUCUUCAGAAAAAAAAAUAUUGUACAUAUAGAAAAACAAACACCAACAACAACACGUACAAUACGAAUUUUUUCACGGUUUGCGCUUUUGUUAAAUGAUGGCAAAAGAUGGCGGCUAAACCACCAAAGCCGCCAGGAAAUUUUUUAAAAUGUUUACUAACUCAACACAAUAUAAAUAAGAAUCAACAGCAACACAACAACGAAGACGACGACAUAGAAGGCAACAGUAGUGAAUCGCAAUUUCUAACGAAUUCAACAACUUCUGCAACAGCAAGUAACUCCACAGAUAGUAAUUCUAAUACGGCAGCAAUAGCAGCCAAUAAAAAACAAAAUUGUAAUUGUAGCAAUAUUAGUAUAAUGCACUUAUUUCAUGAAAUGAAACAAGAAUUUCCCACUAUACCCGAUACAAUUGUAGCUCAAUGUGUUAAUGAAAAUUGUCAUCAACGUGAAAAUUGUAUACAAAUGUUAAGGAAUGAAUUGGAAUUGAAUCCAAUACCGGCUCAAAGUUAUCCUGCCAAAGUUUUGCAUCCACCAAAUAAUAAUAAUAAUUGUAAUAACGCGACGGGACAAAAACCACCAUUACAACAGAAACCUUUGGUAGGGCAACAGAAACCGCCAUUGAAACCCAUAAAACCCAUACGAACAGCACCAUUACAACCACCACCAACAACAACAACAGCAGCAGCAGCUGUUCAACAAAGUAAUAAUAAUAAUACCAAUACAACAACAAAUAAACCUUUGGUUGUUGAAAAUCUAGAUAAUAUUGUUAAUGGUGGUAAUGUUGGCACGGGUGGUGGUGAAGUUUCGGGGAAUAUAAUUGACUCGAAUGAUAUGCCCACUAAGAUUACACCUCAAUAUAAACAAACCAUUUCAACAACAACAAAUACCGUUAAUUCAACAACAAAUGAGGUGAAUAAUAAUACGAAUAACGUUUGCGUUGGUAUUGAGGGAGAGUCGGUUGAGAGAAAUUUACCACGACAAAGACCCACGACUCUCAAUUUAAAUUCGCAAUUGCAAAAACAACAGCAAGAACAGAGACAACGUUUAAAUGUGCAAUUACAGCAACGCUUUCAAGAACAACGAAACAGACAACUACAGCAACCACAAAAUCCUAUAAUAAUAACAAAACCUUUACGAAAAGCUCCCCUACCACCCAUUGCCCCCAAACCCUCACAAUAUCAUAUCAAUCACACUAACACUAAUAGUUUUUUAAAUGAUUCUUCUUCACUCUCAUCGAAUCAUACAACGACAAGUCCACUAUCGGAAUCGGAAAUUUCUGUUAGUGUAUCAUUAUCUACACCUUCGCCUACAUCAUCGCCGAACUCAACAACAACUCACCACCAACAACAUUUGCAAACAAAAUCACCCAUUCGACAUCGUUCAGUCAUUACUUUACAACCGGAGCCGCCAUACACGCGUGAUUUUCUCUAUACGCCUGUCUCGUUGCCAACAUCGACGACAACACCAUCAUCACCGUCCUUGGCAGCGCCUUCGUCUACAGCAAUACAAACAACUGCUACCCAAUCUUCUUCAUCGGCUACCUCUUCGCCCACAGCCUGUAACUGGUUCGCAAAAAGUUUUACCUCUGUUAAUCUCACUUUACGACCGCCUGUCUCACCCACGGGCGCCAAUUCUGCUCUACAACCCUCUACCAUAGAUAUAAGCGGUCCUGGUUUUUCCGGUGCCAGUGGUGGUGGUAAAAGUCUUCAUUAUUCCAGUACUUCAUAUGAUGCCCGUUUGGGUUAUCAGCAAAAUUUUCAAAUAACGGUCACCGACGAGGGUGGUGUUUUCAGUGCUUGCCGUUUGCGUCCCCAGCAGCAGCAGCAGCACCAACGCCUUCUUAAUCAACAGCAACAAUUGCAACUGCAACAGCAAUUUCACAAUAAUAACGUGGUGGCUUUACAGCAAAACAUACAAAAUCAAAUACAAUCACCCAACAAUCAACAGCACGGUAUAGGUGGAGGUGUAAAUACAUCAUCUGGUUUUGGCGGCAGUGGUGGUAUUUCAGGAAAUAUAAGUGGCAAUAUGUGUUUACCACCACAACAGGCGAUGGAUGGUCCCACCCAAGAAAUUCUGCAACGCCAAAAGGAAAAACGCGAUAAAUUGGCAGCCGCGCUACGUAAUUAUAAAAAACGUUUGGGCAAUGUAGAACAAGAAAUAAAUUUACUUACUGGGACGAUACCUACACAGGGUCUAUCCGAAAGACUGGAUGAGGAAAUAACAAAAUUGAGGAGAGAUUGUCAAGACAUGCUUAGAAGUAGUAACCCCUUUACACAACCGCCAUUACAACAGGAACUAGCAAUAGAUCAUCAGCCACAACAAAGGCCACCACAACCUCAACCAUUCCCAAGACAAAGGAUGACACGUCCGCCGCCAAGGCCACCACCACCACGUCAAACUAGUCUAGAUAUAAUACAACAUCAUAGUCAAACAUCAACGCCACAUACACCACCUGCCGCUUCAUUACCAAAUCUAAAUUUCUAUAAUCCACCACAACAACAACAACAGCAAAAUCACAACAAUUCUUUAACAAUACCCUCAUACUAUCACCAGCAAUCGGCUCCUUUGAACAGCAAUCAUUUGUAUACAGAUCACAGUAAUUUCGUCAAUCAAGAGCCCAUAGUCGAUGAUAGUGAAGAGGAGUAUGAAGAAGUGAUCGAACAGCCCUGGGAGUGCAGUAUGUGUACAUUCCGUAAUCAUCCACAAUUGAAUAUUUGCGAGGCGUGUGAGAACGUUAGAAUACCUGAACCAGUACUUAGUAGAGAAGAUAUACAUAUAACAUUAUCGCCUGGUGAAAAUAGAAUAAUACAUUCAUGGAUUGUUUCGUGACAACAUGCGAAUAGAUCAUAAUCGUUUG